UCAUAUGUGCCCCUCCUCUUUCUCCUUUCCUCUCACCUCACCCCUUCUCCCUCCCCCUCGCAUCCGCAGCAGGGACUGGCCAAUAAAAGAGAGAAAACACGUAAGCAUCGACGCGGGCUCGGCGCAGGCGGAGGAUGCUCAGUGUGAAGCGGCAUCAUCCCUCAGCACCACUCACAUCCUCCAAGCCACCGAGUGGAACUUGGGCCUCUCCUCCGUCCGGACCGCGGCUCUCAUUCAUCCUGCGGCCACGCCACUAGCCACACACCGCUUGGAGGUGAGGAGGUUGGGAGGGGGGACCUAACAGCAGAAGGUCAGGAUCCUGUAGCAGGAAGGUCAUCGCCUCAAGAGCAAGAUGUUGGAUCCGUCGUCCAGCGAGGAGGAGUCUGACGGGAUAGUGGAGGAGGAGAGCAAGGAGGUGAUGGCCCCCCAGGCCGGAUCCCGCAUCUCCCCGAGUAGGACCAGCGAGAGCUCCGGCGGACUGGCGCCGAGCAGCGGCCGCAGCAGCGCCCGCCCGACCAGCCCGAGCCCGUCGGCCGCCAGCGAGGAGAAGGACGACCUGGAGAAGCUGCAGAGAGAGGAAGAGGACCGCAAGAAGAAGCUGCAGCUUUAUGUGUUUGUCAUGCGAUGCAUCGCCUAUCCGUUCAAUGCCAAGCAGCCGACAGACAUGGCGAGGCGGCAGCAGAAGAUAACCAAGCAGCAGCUUCAGCAGACUAAGGACCGCUUCCAGGCCUUCCUAAAUGGAGACACGCAAAUUGUGGCGGAUGAAGCAUUCAUCAACGCUGUGCAGAGCUACUAUGAGGUGUUUCUAAAGAGCGACCGCGUGGCUAAAAUGGUCCAGAGCGGCGGCUUCUCGGCGAGCGACUUCAGGGAAGUGUUCAAGAGGCACAUUGAGAAGCGUGUGCGCAGCCUGCCGGAGAUCGACGGCCUGAGCAAGGAGACGGUGCUCAGCUCCUGGAUGGCCAAGUUUGACACCAUCUACCGCGGGGACGAGGAUCCACGCAAGGCCCAGCAGCGCAUGACGGCCAGCGCCGCCUCCGAGCUCAUCCUGAGCAAGGACCAGCUGUACGAGAUGUUCCAGAAUAUCCUCGGCAUCAAGAAGUUUGAGCACCAGCUGCUUUACCAAGCCUGUCAGUUGGACAACUUGGAUGAACAGGCUGCACAGAUCAGAAGAGAACUGGAUGGCCGUCUUCAGAUGGCCGACCAGAUUGCACGGGGAGGGAAGUUCCCCAAGUUUGUGUCCAAGGAGAUGGAAGCCAUGUACAUCGAGGAGCUGAAGUCUUCGGUCAAUCAGCUGAUGGCCAAUCUGGAGAGCAUGCCCGUGUCCAAGGGGGGAGAGUUUAAGCUUCAGAAGCUGAAGCGAGGGCACAACACCUCCAUCAUCGAUAUGGGCCAGGAGGACGAAAACACCCUGUCCAAGUCUGAUGUGGUCCUGUCCUUCACUUUGGAGGUGGUGAUCACAGAGGUGCAGGGGCUGAAGUCUCUGGCUCCUAACAGGAUCGUUUACUGCACCAUGGAGGUGGAGGGAGGGGAGAAGCUCCAGACUGACCAAGCAGAAGCCUCCAAGCCAACCUGGGGAACCCAAGGGGACUUCACCACCACACACCCUCUACCUGCUGUCAAGGUGAAGCUGUUCACAGAGAGCACAGGAGUGUUGGCGCUAGAGGACAAAGAGCUGGGCAGGGUUGUCUUGCACCCGACCCCCAACAGCCCCAAGCAGUCCGAGCUUCAUAAGAUGACCGUGACCAAGGCUUGCCCUGACCAAGACCUCAGGAUCAAACUAGCCAUUCGCAUGGACAAACCCCAAAACAUGAAGCACUGCGGGUAUCUGUGGGCUUUUGGGAAGAAUGUCUGGAAGCGCUGGAAGAAGCGAUUCUUUGUCCUCGUGCAGGUGAGUCAGUAUACGUUCGCCAUGUGCAGCUACAGAGAGAAGAAAUCAGAACCACAAGAGCUUCUCCAACUGGACGGAUACACUGUGGAUUACAGCGACCCGCAGCCUGGCUUGGACGGUGGCAGGGCUUUCUUCAACGCGGUGAAGGAGGGCGACACCGUCAUCUUCGCCAGCGAUGACGAGCAGGACCGCAUCCUGUGGGUGCAAGCCAUGUAUCGCGCCACCGGCCAGUCCCACAAGCCCGUCCCACCCACUCAGGUCCAGAAACUCAACUCCAAAGGCGGUACCUCAGCCCAAAUGGACGCUCCCAUCUCUCAGUUCUAUGCUGACAGAGCUCAGAAACAUGGCAUGGAUGAGUUUAUCUCCGCUAACCCCUGUAGCUUUGACCACGCCUCGCUUUUUGAGAUGGUGCAGCGGCUCACGUUGGACCACAGGCUCAACGACACCUUCUGCUGUUUGGGAUGGUUCAGUCCGGGUCAGGUGUUCGUCCUGGACGAGUACUGUGCCAGGAACGGCGUCCGAGGUUGCCACAGACAUUUGUGCUACCUGCGUGACCUGCUGGAGAGGGCGGAGAGCGGCGCCAUUAUCGACCCGACUCUUCUGCACUACAGCUUUGCGUUCUGUGCCUCCCACGUGCAUGGGAACAGGCCGGACGGGCUGAGCACGGUCAAAGUGGACGAGAAGGAGCGAUUUGAAGACAUCAAGGAGCGGUUGCGUGUGAUAUUGGAAAACCAGAUUGUAAAUUUCAGAUAUUGCUUCCCCUUUGGGCGUCCUGAAGGUGCACUGAAGGCUACUUUAUCUCUGCUGGAAAGGGUCCUUAUGAAGGACAUCGUGACCCCAGUCCCUCCAGAAGAAGUCAAAGGAGUAAUCCGCAAAUGUUUGGAGCAGGCCGCUCACCUCAACUACCAGCGGAUUAAAGACUACGCUAAAAUCGAAGGGAAAAAGAGGGAAAUGUAUGAGCACCCUGUCUUCUGCUUGGCGUCUCAAGUGAUGGAUUUAACCAUCCAGAAUGUAGGCCGCUUAGUCACACCUGCCAAGAAGCUGGAGGAAACCAUUCGUAUGGCCGAGUUAGUCAUCGAGGUCCUGCAGCAGAACCAGGAGCACCACGCUGAGGCGGCAGUCACAAGUUCUGCGGAUCAAUCGGCAUUCGCGUGGUGGACCGACCUCAUGGUGGAGCACGCCGAGAACUUCCUGGCCCUCUACGCCAUCGACAUGGACGCCGCUCUGGAGAUCCAGUCACCCGAGAGCUGGGACAGUUUCCCGCUCUUCCAGCUCCUCAAUGACUUCCUCCGGACGGACUAUCAUCUGUGCAACGGCAAAUUCCACAAGCACCUUCAGGAUCUGUAUGCUCCUCUGGUGGUUAGAUAUGUGGAUCUGAUGGAGUCCUCCAUCGCUCAGUCAAUUCACAAGGGCUUUGAGCGAGAGUCCUGGGAGCCUGUAAAGAGUUUAACAAGUAAUCUGCCCAAUGUGAAUCUACCAAAUGUCAACCUCCAAAUUCCCAAAGUACCAAAUCUGCCAGUUCCAGUAGCGGGACUAUCAGUUAACCUUCCACAAAUGCCUAGCUUUUCUACCCCGUCCUGGAUGGCUGCUAUAUAUGACUCUGACAACGGCUCCGGGACAUCCGAGGACCUGUUCUGGAAGCUGGACGCCCUCCAGACCUUCAUCAGGGACCUCCACUGGCCCGAGGAUGAGUUUGCCAAACACCUGGAAAGCCGCAUCAAGCUCAUGUCCAGCAACAUGAUCGAGAACUGCGUCAAGCGCACGAGGAUGGCGUUCGAGUCCAAACUGACAAAGAGCAGCAAGUCCACAGAUUUCCGUAUUUCUCCAACAUUAUGCACCAUGUUCAACGUGAUGGUGGACGCUAAGGACCAGUCUGCCAAACUGUGUGCAAUGGAGAUGGGCCAGGAGAAACAGUUCCACUCGCAAAUUGAUGAGCUGAUUGAGGAAAGUGUGCGGGACAUGAUCCAGCUCCUGGUUGCCAAGUUUGUUGCCAUCCUGGAGGGCGUCUUGGCUAAGAUAUCCAGAUAUGAUGAAGGCACUCUCUUCUCCUCCUUCCUCUCCUUCACGGUGAAAGCAGCGUCCAAGUAUGUGGACGUACCUAAACCCGGCAUGGACGUGGCCGACGGCUACGUGACCUUUGUGCGCCACUCUCAGGAUAUGCUGCGUGAUAAGGUCAAUGAGGAGGUGUAUAUAGAAAGGUUAUUUGAUCAAUGGUACACGGCCACCAUGAACCUGCUGGGCACGUGGCUCACCGAGCGCAUGGACCAGCAGCUGCACGUGUACCAGCUCAAGAUCCUCAUCAGGAUCACCAAGAAAAAGUACCGCGACUUCCGCCUGCAGGGCGUCCUGGACUCCACGCUGAACAGCAAGAUGUACGACACGGUGCGCAACAGGCUCACGGUGGAGGAGGCCACCGCUUCCGUGAGGGAAGGAGGCAUGCAAGGCAUCUCCAUGAAGGACAGCGACGAGGAGGACGAGGAUGACGAUUAGAAGCCACGCCCCCUCUUGACCCCUUAAUCCCAAGACCCGCCCCUCUCUUAAUCACAUUUUGACUUUAGCCUGGUUAACCGAUGCAUGUAUCAACUCCGAUAGCCACUCUAGGACCUCUUUGUCAGCUCCACAUGAAGGAACCAUAAGAAUAACAGUUAAAAAAAAAAGAAUAGUUAAGAAAAUAUUAAAAAAAUAAGCAUUGAUUGGCAGAUUAGCUGUGACGUCAUCGUUCAUUUGGACAUCAUUUAUGUGUUACUAAGCAAUAUGGAAGAAGGUGUGCGUCCAAUGCAAACUAUGUAAGCUUCUUUGUCCGACUCAUUCACGCGUGGGUGCGUUCGUGUGCGUUCGUGUGCGUGAGAUCGCUCCUAUUCGUCUCAGCUUUGGGGAAGCGACGGGAAACCCCUCAGUGUUUUGUUUGCGUCACCCGAAGUCACGCUUUGACCUUCGACCUCUCAGCACGAGGGCAUUCUCGAGAUGCAAUAUGCUCCGUUUUUUGAUAACUGGGGGGAAGAUUCUAUUUUUCUUUUCUGACGUUUUGAAAAACGAUGUCUCCAAACAGGUUCUAUUUUAAUUGAGUUGCACUUUUACAGAGGUUUAAAAAAAAAAAAAAAAAAAGGAGCGAUAAGAGUUUUUUUUAAACAAGAAAUAACGACAAAAAAAAAAAAAAGAGAAAAAAAGUCGGUCCGUCUUUGUCGUGUGUGUAACCGUGUGGAAUGACAUGUCUGCCAUUUGUUCCUAGUCCUGUAUAUACGAUAUAAAUAUAUAUAUAUAAAUAUUAAAUGCUGUACAUUGCAUUCUGAGCCAUCGCUGCAUGCCUGUGGGUCACGACCCCUCCCACUUCCCACCCUAACCCCCCCACCCCGACACUUUUUAUGUUUUCUGUGUCAGUUAGCUGGUGGAUUCAUUCUUGCUUUUUUUCGUUUCUUUUUUCCUUCAGUUGUAAUAUGCAAGAGCUGUGGCACUCCAAAUAAAAAUUAUUGUACAUGUGCACAACGGGUGCGUUUAUUUGCAACACCAUCCAUUCUUGGGACGACUGCUAAACCCACCUGGGAAAAAAAAAAAAACAUCGCAAAUGUCAACGAGAUCAAUCGUUUGCCUUGAAAUCAACUGAUUUAAUCUUUUAUGUUAAUAUUUUAUGAGGACUACUGCUGUUUUAUUUCUCAUUCUUUCCCAUUCAAAGCAUGCAGCAAAAUCUCACAAGAUGAGUUUGCCUUUUGACUCACAUAAAAAUAAGUGUGUUAUUUUUACUACCUUAAAAAAAUGAUGAUUUUUGCUGCAUUUCCCAAAAAAACUCAUUGGAAAUUGCAGGAGGUCAGUCUGACUCACGGCGUUACCUUACCAAGGAUGCUAAACUCAUCACACGGCGACUUAACACUGUAAAGUUCAUUCAUUUUCUACCGCUUUUUCCUUACAAGGGUUGCGGGGGUGCUGGAGCCUAUCCCAGCUGUCUCCAGGCGAGAGGCGGGGUACACCCUGGACUGGUGGCCAGCCAAUCACAGGGCACAUAUAGACAAACAACCAUUCACACUCACAUUCAUACCUAUGGACAAUUUGGAGUCGCUAAUUAACCUAGCAUGUUUUUGGAAUGUGGGAGGAAACCGGAGUACCCGGAGAAAAUUAUGGGUUAAUUCUAAUAUUAUUAUGCAACUUUUAGCCUAAAAAUAUUAGCUUUUUUUUCUUGUAGUAGCAAGAAAAAAAAUAGCAAUAGGAAACUACAAGGUGGAUAAUUAUAAGCAGCUGGUGAAAAACCCAAGUCCUACAAAACCCUUGGCUGCAAUAUGUCACUUUAGCCUCAAAAUAUUAGCUUUUUUUCCUCGUAGUAGCAAGAAAAAAAAAACAAUAGGAAACUACAAGGCGGAUAAUUAUAAGCAGCUGGUGGAAAACCUAAGUCCUACAAAACUCUUGGCUGCAAUAUGUCACUUUAGCCUCAAAAUAUUAGCUUUUGUUCUUGUAGUAGCAAGAAAAAAAUAGCAAUAGGAAACUACAAGGCGGAUAAUUAUAAGCAGCUGGUGAAAAACCUAAGUCCUACAAAACCCUUGGCUGCAAUAUGUCACUUCAGCCUCAAAAUAUUAGCUUUUUUUCUUGUAGUAGCAAGAAAAAAAUAACAAUAGGAAACUACAAGGCGGAUAAUUAUAAGCAGCUGGUGGAAAAUCUCCCAAGUCUUACAAAACCCUUGGCUGCAAUAUGUAACUUUUUGCAUUCCCAGAUUUCCCACUAGAUUUCUUUCCAUUGGACUGAGAAGGAAGUGAUGAGCACAGGGAAGAAUUCCACCAGGAAGAAAAGCUAUCACGGAAAAUGGAAUCCUUCUAUGCUUGCUUACUACUGUUGGAAUGUGGUAAGACGAGUCAAAAAGAUACUGAAUAAAGAGAACUUUCUUGUUUUAAUCAUUAAAUAUCUUGACUACAUUAGCUAACCAGCACAAAUAAACGACACUGA